AUGUUCGUAGAAUUUAAUAGUUUUGAUUUUGAGGCACCUGAGGAGAAGGUCAAACCUCAAUGGUGCCUACCUGAAGAAUACCAAGUUUUACAACAACCCGCUGGAUGGUUUAUGCGCCACGAGGAAUCCAGCUACCCGUACCCUCCUGAACUCUCCUAUUUUCGCUCGAUCUACCUGCAACCGGAUUUGACUACCGACAGGAAUAAUGUUACAAAAAAAGUUGACUCUGCUUCUACUAUUUCUCGCAUAGUCGAUGCCGAUGAGCAACUUCGGCUUUGGUGUACAUCCGGACACAAAGGCCAUUCUCGUUUUCAAGCCAACAUGAUGACCGCUCAGCUGGCAUUGAAUAAACCCACCAUAACAACGGCUGAAAUGGAUUUGCUAAUUGCGGCUGCGGAGGCCACAAUGGUUUUGCCGGGUGAUCAAAUGCAAGUCUGGGAGCUUCAAAUGAAAGUAGCUAUGCGGUUUGAGAAAAGCUUGUCAGAGCUUCUCACUACAGCCAUACUACUCAUUACAAAGCACCCGGCCGAUGCGGACCGUUGGUUCGAUAUUGCACGGUGUGGACGCAAGUUACCGCUGCAUCUUUCUCUAUAUGCUAUUGCCCGUGCUGUCAAUCUGCUCGAUUACGAGAUCGACAACGGUUAUGGGGCUGGCUUUGCGCGGGAAUCUCUCGAAGUACAAGCUCGUCAUUGGAAGGAAUAUUUAGCUGCGGAAUACGCGGCAGAUAUGGUCCGCCUUGCCCUUGAAGAUAUGUCGCUCAAGAAAGAACGUGUUUACGCGCGGUCAAGCGACAAGGAGGAGAUGGACAGUCGGCCGGUUCAUGAUCGCCGUGAUAAGGAUUCGGGAAUCGUUCCACCAGAAGACUACCAACGGAUCGUUGCCGAUUUCAAAGCCCGGUUCCCUGUGAUGUUUCGCGAUGACCAAUUACAGAAU